AUGGCCUCCAGUCCUACUGGUGCUGCUGAUGACGCUCCAGUCGUGAAAGCCGGAUGCUGGUUUUCUGCAUCCGGCCACUCGGUCAACCAAAUCGAUCCCACCCUUUUCACUCAUCUCUACGCUGGCUUUGCCGUGGUCAAUAAAACUCCGUUAGAAGACAGUGUGAUCACCUUUCCUCCCAACAACGAGUAUAUAUUCCAAACCUUCCCAGAAAGCGUCCAACCACAUGGGAAUACUCACGCUCAUAAGGUGAAAGCUCUUUUAUCCAUCGGUGGUCCUGAUUCUGAUGAGACUCCUAACAUAUCUGAAGCCAUUGCCUACCAGGUUAGCGAUCCUAAUAGGCGUACAACAUUCAUAAAGAAGUCCAUAAAACUAGCCAGGAAGUACAAUUACGAUGGCCUGGACCUCUGCUGGCUGUACCCCUCCAAUGGCGCAUAUCCCAACCUGCUGGCCGAUUUUAUCUUAUUCCUCAAUGAAUGGCGUCUUAAUGUGAACGAGGACAAAAAUAAGCCUAAGUUGCUUCUAACUGCAACGGUCUUUCACCACCCGGUCAUUCCUAGUAUAGACGGUAACGAUUUCAGUUAUCCCAUUGAGGCUCUUUCUCGCAAUAUGGACUGGAUCAAUGUACUGGCCACUGACUUCUAUACUCCCUCCAACUCAGCGACGAAGACUGGACCGGUUCAUGCGUGGCUUAAUCCUAAAGAGGAAAAGACGUGUGGAAGUCAUGGAAUUGGUAUGUGGACUGAAGGUAGUAAAAUUGAGACAAAAAAAUUAGUCCUCAGCCUUCCAUUUUAUGGCUACGAAUGGACUCUGGAAAAACUUGCGGAACAUGCAUUCUUUGCACCGGCUAAACAAGGAAGUAAGCUCCCCAUUGAAUACAGAAAAAUCAAGGCGGACUAUCUCGAUAAGCAUAAAUGCCCUGUCGUGGAUGGUGGCGAGUAUGUUGCUGCCUACUUAUAUUCCGGUGCAACUUGGAUUGGCUUUGAUGAUGAGCAGUGGAUCUCUACUAAGAUUAAGUUGGCGGUUUUGGGAAUGAACUUGCGCGGUUACUUUGCUUGGGAUGUGACCGCCGACGACGACAAUCACACUCUCUCAAAUGCAGGUAAUUGGCAGCAUAUAUAUGGAUUCAAUAAUAUUUGCAUCUGA